AGUUUUCCAUGAGUUCUUUGAUUUCCGCAGGCUACAUGCAUCCUUUCCACUUUUGUUUUGCCCGUGCUCCGUUUAUAAUUGAACUUAAUCGCUUCUUUAAUUACGCCACUUGUGCCCACUAGCGCUGUAAUUGGCGUUUUUCGCGAAUGCAUAGCUGGCAGGACAGUGUUGCUGGUUGUUGUUUUUUGAACGCCGAAGUCCGCGCGGUGAAAAGCAAAGGAUGAACGACUCGAAGACGGCGGCGGCGGACGACGGAGGUCAGAGCAAAGAGACGGACAAGAAGAAAAGAUCCCGGGUGAAGCAGCUGCUGGGCGAAGUGAAGAAACAAGUGGAGUUCUGGUUCGGGGACGUCAACCUGCACAAGGACCGCUUUCUGAAAAAGCUCAUCGAUGAGUCGGACGAUGGCUAUGUUGACUUGUGUGUCUUGGCGAGUUUCAACCGCAUGAAGAAGCUGACGAGCGACACUAAACUGAUCGCCAGGGCUCUGAAGAAUUCUUCUGUGGUGGAGGUUAAUUUAGAGGGCGAUAAAGUGAGACGGCAGCUCCCCAUUGGAGAGGUGCCAAUUGACGUGGACAGCCGCACAGUCUAUGUGGAGCUUCUGCCCAAGGACGUAAAUCACAGCUGGAUCGAGAAGGUCUUCUCCAAAUGCGGAAGUGUUGUUUACGCGAGCAUCCCCCGGUACAAAUCCACCGGCGAUUCCAAAGGCUUUGCCUUUGUGGAGUUCGAGAACCCCGAACAAGCAAAUAAAGCCAUUGAGAUGCUCAAUAACCCUCCUGAAGAUGCUCCCAGGAAACCGGGAAUUUUCCCCAAGACCAGGAAGGGGAAGCAGAUCCGGCUGCAUGCAGACAAUCCGCCUUCAGGGGGCGGCGGCGGGGAGGAGGAGAAGAAAAAGCGCAAGAAGAAGAAAAAGAAGACGCUGGCCGAGGACGCCAAAGCGGCGCCGAUGGAAGCCGAGCCGUCGGAUCAGCAGCGGCGGCAAAAGAAGAAGAAGCAGCGCUCCGACGGCGCCAGUCACAAGACGGCGGGUAAAAUCUCGGAGAAGAAGAGGCGGCGCUCGCACGCGGCAGAUGAAUCGGACACAGGGGUACCCUCCAAGAUCAGGAAGCUCGGGGACAAAGAUGAAGACGUGCCCAAGAGCAAUCCUCGUGUGGAAGGUGAACGCGGGAAAGAAAACCAAGAAGACUCGCUGAUCAAAGCCAAGCGGAAGAGGAAGAAGAAGCAUAAAGAGAAGCUGAAAAUCGGGGACGAGGUCAUCCCGCUGCGGGUCUUAUCCAAGAGAGCUUGGCUCGAGCUCAAGGAGGAGUACAUGAGGCUGCAGAAGCGCAGCAUGGCGUCCCUGAAGAAGUGCAUGACGCAGCUGGACGGAGACGAGCGGCGACACGACGACAGGAUGGAGCCGAGCGAGAAAGUGAACAGUCAGGGUCCUCGGUACACCAGCGGCGUCAUCGUGAAGAUCACAGACAACAAGGCACUUCCAGGAAGGAAAAUGAUCAAAGAUGCCCUGGGCAAGAUCUCGCCCGUGGCGUACGUGGACCUGUUGGAAGGCGACGCCGAGGGCUACGUGCGCUUCAACCGCCCCGAGGACGCGCAGGCCGUCAGCGACGCCAAGGCCGAGCUGCGGCGGACGCACAGCUGGCAGCUGGAGAUCCUCUCAGGUGACCACGAACAGAGGUACUGGCAGAAGAUCCUCGUGGAUCGUCAGGUCAAGCUGAACCGACCCCGGGAGAAGAAGCGGGGCACAGAGAAGCUCCUAUCCAAAGCGGAGAAGAUCAUCACGGCUCGCGCCAAGGAGGCUAACAAGCACAUUCGUUUCCAAGAGGACUGACGGCCAGUUUGUGAGGCAAACGCUCGGCUUUGUGUGGCAAGAAACGUGCUUCAAAAUACAUCUGCUUGUCGACUGCAGCAAGUGACGUUUGCCAUGUAAAUAGGAGGAAGCUCGCCCGUCGAGAUGUUUACAAAGUUUGUUGUGGUUUUUAAUCUCAUUUGACAGGUAGACUGUUGAGAAAAUGUGCAGGACUGGGGUUUGAAUAAAAGAAAACCUUUUUCAAACUCGAGGAUUCACAUCUCGUGUCGACAUAAAGGUCCAAC